AUGGCCACACAACCAAAGCUGCCAUCAAGGCUGCCGAGCCAGCCCGCGGUGCGAGAUGCGACGACCACGGCCGAACAGCUGCAGCAGCCGCUCAUAGGCCGAGCGACUAAUCCGAACGAGACGGCCAUCUUCAUUUGCGCCUAUGCAGAUUGUAACCGGUUAUAUCCGAACAGGGAGCGGCUGAUGAUGCACCGCCGGCGGGACCACCAGACGGAGGACGGGGGACAGGUUGUGACCUGGAACGAGUGA